CCUCGGAGAGUCGGACCUAGCCCAAAGCCGUUUCAAUAGUCCUCAAAGUUUAGUAGAUUGCGGAACCUUCCCCAGAGCUCUUCAUCCCCUCUCUCAACCACCAUCCUCUUUGGCAUGCGGCAGUCCUGUUUUUCCAAUUUUUUCAAUCAUUCUCCACCCUCACCUCGUUCAAGUUCUCGUAUAACUCGUUCAUCUUCCCCUUCAUCAUCUGUUGGUUCCUUUUCAGAUAUCACAUAUCAAGAUGGUCACCCUCCCGCUGCUCCUGUAGUUUUGGGCGUAUGUGCGAUGGAUAUAAAGGCAAGGUCUCGUGCCAUGAGGGAGAUUUUGAUUCGCUUGGUCGAACGAGCACGCGGCUCUAUCGAGGUCAAGGUUUUUGGGGAUAAAGUCAUUCUGGAUGAAGCCGUCGAAAACUGGCCGCGUUGUGAUAUUCUCAUAUCUUUUUUUUCUACGGACUUCCCCCUCGACAAGGCCAUCAAAUACGUCAAACUCCGCAACCCUUUUUGUAUCAAUGAUUUAGCCCCUCAGGCCCUUCUUUGGGAUAGACGACUCGUUGGCACCAUACUCGACUAUCUGCAUGUUCCAACCCCUAGACGUCUUGUUGCCAGUCGGGAUGGAGGACCAAAGAUUGACGACGAGCUGCGUGCUCUCAUGAAACAGAGGCUUGGUGUAGAACUUGGGGGAUAUCAGGUCACCCCAGAAAUCUCCCUCCGUGCUGAUGGUAACGCGAUCAUUAUCGAUGGCGAUGUUUUGGAGAAGCCAUUUGUUGAGAAGCCUGUCAGUGGUGAAGACCACAAUGUCUAUAUUUAUUUCCGAGGAGGGGGCGGUCGAAGACUGUUUCGCAAGGUUGGCAAUAAAUCUAGCGAGUUAGAUCCGACUCUGAACCACCCAAGAACUGAUGGCUCUUACAUCUAUGAACAAUUUAUUGACGUUGAUAAUUCGGAAGAUAUAAAGGUGUACACAGUGGGGAAAGAAUACACACAUGCGGAAACGAGGAAAUCCCCCGUUGUCGAUGGACUUGUCAGAAGGAACACGGAAGGUAAAGAGAUCAGGUUUAUAACGAGACUUACCGACGAGGAAAAAUCAUGGGCUGCGAAGAUUUGCCAGGGAUUUGGACAACGUAUUUGCGGAUACGACAUGCUGCGAUGCGAUAAUGGAAAGAAAAGCCAGGUAAUCGACGUCAAUGGCUGGAGUUUCGUUAAGGGUAAUGAGAGUUAUUAUGACAAGGCUGCCGAAAUUCUUGCAUCUUUAUGCACGCGUUAUUCGCCCGGUCGCCUCCUGCCACCGGCACAGAUUGCGCCUCCGGAAACAUCUACAUGGUUGCUCAAAGCUAAUGUCACAGUCUAUCGCCACGCUGAUAGAACGCCUAAACAAAAGCUCAAAUUUAAUUUCCCAAUCGGAGAACCAUGGACACAACCUUUCGUGACAUUGCUCAAUGGCGAAACUGAGGAAAUAAUACUACGGGAAAAGGAACAGCUCAAUAAAAUUGCCGUGGCAGUGGAGGAGGCCAAACGCCUUGGCGCAGAUGGCGAAGAACUGGCAAAGUUAACACAGCUCAACAAUGCGCUCUUCCGAAAGAUCGAGCUUCCCGGGACCAAAGCGCAGCUGAAACCUGUUUAUACCAAACGGCAGGCGGGUCAGGCGAGAUCCUUAACAAAGCUCACUUUGGUAUUCAAAUGGGGUGGUGAGUUUACUCACGCUGCGCGAUAUCAGUCUAGAGAUCUGGGCGAGAUCAUGAAAAAGGACAUUUCCAUCAUGAACAGAGAGGUACUACAGAACGUCAGCGUAGGUUUUAACGACAAUAUUGCUUCGUAUAUUGUCACUCACACCUUCAAGAUAUUUACAUCAUCCGAGCGGCGUGUAGUUGCAUCCGCUGAGAUCUUCGCCGCAGCUUUACUGGAAAAUCCUUAUCAGCACAGUCAACAACACUCCACGUACUCCUCUGUACCUUCUUCCAGCUCGAGUCAGCGAUCUUCUAGAUCAUCUAAUGAUGGAGCCCCCUCUACCCCGGGGAGUUCUAUCAAGAAUGGCGGGUACAAUAAUAAGCAAACCUAUUCAACGCCUUUUCCUCUGAUCGUCCGGAAAGACCUGCUUGAUGAUUCAAACGCUGCCAAGGACCUUAUGGACGAUGUCAAGAAACGGUUAAAGAUAUUGCUGAGACCCGGAGAGUCGGAGAAAAGACCGGAAUUAACAUGGCCAAAGAGCAUGAAGAAGGAACCUGUUGAGGUGGUCAAGGAAGUCAUCGAGUUACUGAGCGAGUUUCGCGAUAUCAUGACGAGAAACUUUGAACAAAUGGACGUCAACAAAAUUCAAGAGAGAUGGUGUUGCGAUGAUGAACCAUGGCUGUUCCGAGAACGUUGGGAGAAGCUAUUCGAAGAUUUCUGUGACGUUGAGCAGAAGAAGUUUGACCCUUCCCGUGUUUCCGAGUUAUACGACACGAUCAAAUAUUGCGCACUUCACCAUCGAACUUUCCUGUUCUCGAUCUUCAGCGAGCAUAGCCAUGAUGUUCCUGAGACUCGGCCUGUGCCUCCUCAAGAUAGAAAACUUCAUGAGUUGUACGGAAGGGCAAAAGCGCUUUUUGAUCUAGUGGCGCCACAGGAGUAUGGAAUAGAUCCGGAUGAAAAAGAGGAAAUCGGUGUUUUGACUUCGCUACCGUUGCUUCAAAACGUUGUCCGGGAUUUGGAAGCAGCGCGGAAUAACGGGGAAAGUUCGUUAACGUGCUACUUCACUAAGGAGAGCCACAUAUGGACGCUAUUAGGGAUCAUAUUGACUUCAGGGCUCCCCAUCGCUAAUCGCCGGAUUCCGGAAUUGGAUUACUGCUCGCAUAUUACCUUUGAACUCUAUGAACGAAAUCACGGACGUGGCAACACUGACAAGGAAUACUCAAUAAAGUUGUCCCUGAGCGAAGGUGCUCAUUCCGACAACGUGUUGGAUUCAACGUUGGAUGCCCGUCAUUCACUGAAUGUGCAGCAAAGAAGGAAACUUACACAACACCUCCCAUAUAGCCUGGUGAUGGAAAAAUUGACCAAACAUUUCCACAGGCUUGUGAAGGAGGAUGAAAACCUUUUUGAUCCGUCUUCGGAUGCUAUUGAAACACUUCCAGUCAUAAUUCACAUAGGAGAAAGUCCUUAGCUGAGCCCUUGCACGCUAUCAUAGUACAGUCGGGACCAUCAUUGGUUUAGAAUGUAGAUCUUGGAUAUACUAGUACCAUCUCAAGAUACGCAGUAAUAUAUCUGACAACAAGGGAGACCA